UAUGACCACUCAUGUCAACAGCCUACCUGACAGCUUUACUGACGAUGAACAGUUCAGCUCCCCUUCACUUCCUCGAUUCUCAGCAGAUGACAUUGCAGCUAAGCAGCGUGACGACCCUGUUAUCCGCCAUGUCAUAGCUCAGCUGGAACGAGGAGAAUCACCAUCACCAUCGGUGAAGGAAGAACUUCCUGAACUGCCCCUUCUACUCCGAGAAGUAAAUAAAAUGGAGCUCCAAAACAACCUUCUCGUUAGGAGGAGACAAGUGGGAAGUGAAACAAAGUACCAACUAGUAUUACCUGAGGGGUAUCGAGCUGUUGUGCUGCACCAACUGCAUAACCAAAUGGGUCAUAUGGGAAUUGACAGAACUAUAGACUUAGUCCGUUCCCGUUUCUACUGGCCUAGGAUGUUUAUUGAUGUUGUCAAUAAAAUCAGAACCUGUGAAAGAUGUGUGAGACGCAAAUCAUUACCAGAACGAGCUGCACCUUUGGUCAACAUCAAAACCACUCACCCCUUGGAGUUGAUGUGUAUGGAUUUCCUCUCUGUAGAACCGGAUCGCAGAAUCAAAGACAUCCUUGUUAUAACAGACCACUUUACAAAGUAUGCCAUUGCUGUGCCUACUCCAAACCAAAAAGCUAAGACCGUUGCUAAGUGUUUGUGGGAUAAUUUCCUUAUGCAUUAUGGCAUUCCGGAAAAGCUGCACAGUGAUCAGGGCCCAGAUUUUGAAUCAAGAACCAUCCGAGAACUCUGUAAAAUGGCCAACAUUCACAAAAUAAGGACCACACCAUAUCAUCCAAGAGGAAAUCCUGUGGAACGUUUUAACAGAACGCUUCUGGACAUGCUGGGAACAUUAUCUGAAAAAGAAAAAACUCAUUGGACGGAUUUUGUAAAACCACUAGUGCAUGCUUACAACUGCACAAAAAACGAUGUCACAGGAUACUCACCAUACGAGCUGAUGUUCGGACGCCAACCCCGCCUACCGGUGGAUUUAGCUUUUGGACUGCCAUUAAAUGAGGAUGGAUUUUGUUCCCACACACAGUAUGUGCAAAAGUUAAAGUCCCACCUGGAGGAAAGUUACAAACUGGCCAGUAAGAACUCAGCUAAAGUGAUGCAGCGUAACAAAACCCAAUUUGACCAGAAAGUUACUGCAUCAGAACUAAAUGUUGGAGACAGAGUCCUAGUAAGGAACGUGCGACUAAGGGGGAAGCACAAACUCGCAGAUAAGUGGGAGUCGUCUGUGUAUAUUGUUGUGAAGAAAGCCGGCAAUCUUCCUGUGUACACAGUCAGACCGGAAGGCCAGAACAAACCACUAAGAACCCUGCAUCGAGACCUUUUAUUGCCAUGUGGAUACUUACCUUUUCCUGAGGAAGAAAUGCCUACCAGAGCUAAAAGGAAAUCUCCUGUGUUUUCUCCAGUAUCUCCUGAUGAUGAAGAGGGUCCAUCAGAGGAAGAACUAGUCGAUCCACCUUUGCACAUUCCAUCAUCUUUUGAACCUGUCAGAUUUACGCUUGAUAUUGACCUGCCUCCUGUCGAGCAGUCUGUCCCAGGAACUGAACAGUUUGUUCCCAUCACACAAUCUCCAGUGCCUGUAACUGAAGAGGACAGUGAUGCUGAGGAUGAUGAACCCAAACCUGUGGAAGGGGAACUUAUGACUGUUAAAGAGGAACAACUAGCAGUAGAGAGUGAGGAACCUGAAAUUGACUCUGAACAACUCAAUCCUGCUGAAGUCUCCAGAGCUGAAGGAAGACUCUCUCCAGAUCCUGAUACUCCAGAGUCUGACAAUGCGGAACAUGACACACAAGAAACUGAUAUAUUUGACAUUCCCAGCCAUACUGAAGAACCUCACUCACCAGUGGAUUCAGUAUCUCUGGACAGUGAAGACCAACCUCUGAGACGUUCUAGCCGCACAAGAAAUCCACCUGAUCGAUUACAGUACACUAAACCUGGCAAACCAUUACUGAAAAGCAUUCAGGCUUUGCUUCACGGUUUGAGCUCUGCUUUCUCCUUCGCCCUUCAAGAAGAUGAAGAAGAACAGUUCAUUGCUCCGUACUCCAGUCAGCCUCCCAUUUGCUGCCAGCCUGGUGCAUGUACGAGGACGUACAUGGGAUCAGGAGGGGAGGGUGUAACCUGCAUAAAAUAAGAACCCGUAUUUUAUUUUGGCGGGUCAAAUUGAUAGCACCCUUUAAGUUCCGGGUCACAGGUGACUCAGAUCUGAAUAGCUGUUGCUGCUGUCGCUGUGGCUAGCUGCUCGUCUCGGCGUCUUCUAAACUAAUAGAAGAAUACGGCUGGAUCAAGGCUUACUAAGACGGCCGAAGGAUUUAACUGAGUGUUUUCUGUCGACCGCUCGACGGUCAGGUUUUUUUUCACCCCCUGUGUCACGUCAAGAUGGCGAGCUACCGGAUCACCGCAGCUUCGCGGUAGGAUUUACAUGAACCAAGUUACUUUCUCAUUCUGAACUUAUUUGCUUUGGGUUAUGGACAAGAAAAACCCUACAACAAUCAGACAUUGAUUGAUGAACCGUUGAAUCACUCUAGAUUCAUGAAUGGACUAAAAAGGAAACUCUUGGGUGACAUAAGGAUUUAUUGUUUUGUUGAUGAGUUUGUUUGUUUUUGUUUCUUGUCGUAUUUUUGGUUAUAUCAUAAAAGAAGUCACUGUUGUUAUAAAUAUUAUUAAUAUUGCAUACCUUUAUAUAUAUAUAUUUGAAAAAGACUCAAACUUGAAUAUAAUAAUUGAAACAUACUUCGGUCUAAUGGUAUUUUGUUCACACCCACGGGCUCCAUAGGCGAACCUAUCUGAGUGCCUAUUAUAACUGGCUGCAGUCAGGCGCCUAGCCUUAAAUAAG